AUGGAGGAGGAGGACGGAGAAAGCGUGGUGGAUGUUUUAAGAUGCAGCAGCUCAAAUACAGCACUUCAGCAUCCUUGGCCACACCUAAAGGAACUUUUUGCAGUGAAGGCGAAGAAGGGCAAUUGUGUCAUUAUGUCAUGUCCACUUUGUCUGCCUAGACCAGUUGAGAUAUCUGCGUUCAAGAGUUCAUCAUAUAAUUUGAAAAAACACAUCGAGAGUCAGCAAGAAUUGAUUGGUGCGGACUCUGCUGAGGCAGUGACACUGGAGAGUGAGGAAGAGACGCAGAAGGUGUUGAGAGAGGGCAAUGCGGAUCCUAAAGGAGCAGAGGGAGAAGCAUCCCUUCGGAAUGUAUGUACAGCAUUCAAAAUUAAAAUGCUAAAUCCUGCUUAAGUUUCUUACCUCUCUGAGUACUGCAUUUUGAUGAAGCCUGUAUCCAUGGCCUUGAACAUUCUUCAGUCCGAAACAAACACUCAGAUGGGGUGGCUGCUUCCCACCAUCUAUCUUCUUGAUUCCAAGCUCAAAAAGAUGGAGGCUUCCAUCAAGGUAUGUCUUCCCCUUAUUCAUGCUCUGCAGCAGGGUCUACAAAAGCGCUUUGGGGAGUUUAAGGAAGAUCCGGAACUCAUCAGUGCAGCGAUUCUUCUUCCGAAAUUCAAAACGUCAUGGACUGACAAGGCCCGCAUCAUAAAAGGAGGUAUGGAUUAUAUCCUGCAUCAUCUUGAUGCCAUUAAGGGCACCCAGCAAAACGAAUCACAACGUGAUGCCUCUGACGAGGAUGACUUCUUUUCUUCCAUUAAGUCUGUUCCAUCCCCAACUGCAUCUGAAUUGGAUGGGUACUUGGCUUGUGCCGCAGAAGAGAUGGGACUGCUUCACUUGUUUCCUUUGGUGAAAAAGCUAAGCCUCAAACUGAACACACCCUUGCCUGCCUCUGCAGCGUGCAAGCGCCUUUUUAGUUGUGCCGGGCAGCUGUUUACACCUAAACGAGCAAGGCUGGACAGUACAAAUUUUGAGAUUCAGCUCAUUGUAAAACUGAACAACAAAUUCAAAAUGUAGGCUCGUAGUUGACCCCUGCAUUAAAAUCUCUGCAAGUCUGCAUUCAUGUUGAGAGACUUCUCAGUUGACACGUUAUAUUCACGUCAGUUUAAU